CCCUCAGGACACCGGACCGUCCACCUGCUUCACGUCUCUGCGCUUCUUUUGGUGUUUUUUAUUUCUUUUUUUCAUUCUAAGGAGCGAUGGAGCGUCUUUACGCAGCAGCUGAAUGAGCGCCGCCGUGCAACAGGCUCCUGCUGCAAACUCCUGAAGGCUGCUCGGCUUCUGGGGAAACUGUUGCACGAAACCCCGCUGCGAUGUCGCUGCUGUGCGUCAGAGUAAAGAAAGCCAAACUCCACGGGCCUCCAGACAAAUUCAACGCCUACGUGACUUUAAAGGUGCAGAAUGUGAAGAGUACGACUAUAACUGUCCGCGGAGACCAGCCAUGUUGGGAACAAGACUUCAUGUUCGAGAUCAACCACCUGGAGUCGGGUCUGGUGGUGGAGCUGUGGAACAAAGGUCUGAUCUGGGACACGAUGAUCGGCACCGCUCUGAUACCCCUCGACUCCAUCCGGCAGUCUGACGAGGAGGGACCAGGCGAGUGGACGUCGCUGGACUCUGAGGUCUUGAUGAGGGAGGAUGAGAUCUGUGGAACCACCAACCCGACUUCACACCAAGUGCUGCUGGACACCAGAUUUGAGCUGCCCUUCGACAUCCCAGAGGACGAGGCUCAGUACUGGACCAGUAAACUGGAGCGCAUCAACACCAUGCGGAUACACGACGAGUAUCCGCUGCAGGAAGAGGUCCAGAGAAGAAGAAUGGCGUCCGUUCCCUCCCAGUGCUCGUUUGACGACCAUGACAGUGCAAUGGACGACCGGGACAGCGACUAUCGCAGUGAAACCGGCAACAGACCUCCACGGUUCCACAACACGUCGCAGACAAACUCGUCGGUGCACCAGUACCCGAUAGGACGCCGGGUCCAGCACCAGACCCUGUCCAGGGAGUCCGAGUCUGUACAAAGCUAUGAGCUAGACUAUAGAGAAAUGAGGGGACCCAGUCCGCCUGACAGCAGCCACUUCGACUCAUCGGGCAACCUGAGCCCGGUCAGCUCCCAGCUCAGCUCCGAGCCCGAAGAGCGCCGACACCCUGAGUCCUGCCACCCAGCCGACGCUCGCCCACCUCUCCACAGCCAGCCGUCCACCUGGAAUGAGGAAGAAGAAGAGGAGGAGGCUGAGAAGGAGCUCCAUGCCCUACCAGAGCCCGGUUCCAACAAGGACCUGAAGGACUCCUCAGUCAUCCUUCCCAAGCCGGCCUUGGACAGCCAUGACAACCGGAAUCAGACUAAAAUCUGUUUCUUCGAGGAUGGCCCUCCACCGUGUUCUCCAUCCAAAGUUCGCUGGCUGAAAGCUUACAACAAAGUGAGGGUGAAGCUACUCGAGAGCCGCGAUCAAGAUGGCGACCCCAGCAAGCACCCGUGGGCCAAACCAGGGGGAAACGCACCGUUUGGCAUCGACAGCAUGCCGGACCUCCGCAAGAGGAGGCCGAUUCCUCUUGUUAGCGAACUGGCGAUGACCAUGAUCCAGUCGAGGAAGGCUGGACUCGCCCACACACUGGCCACGCGGACCUCCCUGAAAGACGAGGAGCUGAAGAACCACGUCUACAAGAAGACCCUGCAGGCUCUGAUCUACCCCAUCUCCUGCACCACGCCGCACAACUUCGAGGUGUGGACGGCCACCACGCCCACCUACUGCUACGAGUGCGAGGGUCUGCUGUGGGGCAUCGCCCGGCAGGGGAUGCGCUGUGCCGAGUGCGGAGUCAAAGUGCACGAGAAAUGCCAGGAGCUGCUGAACGCCGACUGUCUGCAGAGAGCAGCCGAGAAGAGCUCCAAGACCGGAGCGGAGGACCGGACGCAGCACAUCAUCAUGGCUAUGAAGGACAGGAUGAAGAUCCGCGAGAGGAACAAGCCGGAGAUCUUCGAGGAGAUCCGGAAGCUGUUCAACAUCUCCAAGAUGAUCCACGCGCAGCACAUGAAGAGCAUCAAGCAGAGCGUCCUGGACGGCACCUCCAAGUGGUCGGCCAAGAUCACCAUCAACAUCUCUAUUCCUACUAAUGCACCUCCGUGGUGUCCCGAGUGUCACAACUCGUCAGACCGGAUCAAGCUGAGAGUUUGGGACGAGGACGACGACAUAAAGUCCAGGGUGAAGCAGCGUCUGAAGAGAGAGUCCGACGACUUCCUGGGUCAGAGCAUCAUCGAGGUCCGGACGCUGAGCGGAGAGAUGGACGUCUGGUACAACCUGGAAAAGAGAACAGACAAGUCGGCGGUGUCCGGUGCCAUUCGUCUGCAGAUCAGUGUGGAGAUCGAGGGAGAGGAGAAGGUGGCGCCCUACCACGUACAGUACACGUGCCUUCACGAGAACAUGUUUCACUACUCGACGGACGUGGAGGGAGGCGGCGUGGUGAAGAUCCCCGCCGCUCAGGGAGACGACGCCUGGAAGGUUUACUUUGACGAGGUGCAGCAGGACGUGGUGGACGAGUUCGCCAUGCGCUACGGCAUCGAGUCCAUCUACCAGGCCAUGACCCAUUUCUCCUGCCUGUCCUCUAAGUACAUGCUGUCAGGGGUGCCGGCGGUGAUGAGCACCCUGCUGGCCAACAUCAAUGCCUUCUACGCCCACCCCACCGCCUCCACCAACGUCUCCGCUCCGGCCAGAUUCGCAGCCUCCAACUUCGGG